AUGGAAGACCUGUUUUUCAAGUUAAAAUCAGAAAAUAACCAAGAAUUCUGUCAGGCAUUAGAUACGUUUGUAAAUAAUUAUGCUAGUGUUACCAAGUUUGAAUUUUUGGAUAGAGAAAAUUUUCGCAAUGAAAUUUGGAAAGCUAUAUUUCAACAUCUAAAAAACAAAGAUCAAGCAAUUGUCUAUGAAAAAUGUCUUGCUGUCCUACGAAUUUUAAGUCGUGAUAGUACAAACUUGAACGACAUUCUAACAAAAGAAAAUCUAAUUGUCAUCUUGAAAUACGCGGGUCUUGAUACUAAACAAGAUUUAUACAUGGUCAGCUCAGUUACUUGUGAAGCUCAGAAGCUACUAUGCAACAUUUUGUUUAACAGUUCGAAGAUGCAAAACCUUAUAACAGAAACGAAUUGUUUAAAAUGUGUUGUGGAUCGUAUUAGUAAAUAUGACCACAACACAGAACAUGAUCUUAAAUUAUUUGACGUAAGAAUAAUAUUUUUAAUUACUGCUUUAAAUGCAUCGACAAGAAAUAUUGUCAGCAGUGAAUUAAAUGGAGAUGUUUUAUUGAUACAAAUGUUAGAACAUGUUUCACAGAAUUUAUGUGAAGAAGAAAUCGAAAUAAAAGAUAACAACGCAACAUUAGCUAUUGAAAUUUUAAAGACGUUGUUUAAUUUGAUGAUUCAACCAAAAGACCCGUCUCCUGAAAAAUUAGAAAGAUAUAAAAAUUUAAUAUUUACAAUGAGAACAUUAAUCUUGAAGGACAAUGAAAAACACAAGGAAAGUUUAGUUAGCCAAAAUAUAAAUUUAUUAACUGUGAUUCCAGCAGACUGCUAUUCUAAUUUGAUCACACCAUUCUCCAAUAACCAAAAAGAUAUUAUAAAAUAUGAUGACGUGGAUGUUACGGCAUUAUAUGUAUUAAUCACAUUUUUAAAUUACAAAUUGGAAUGCAAAACUAAUGUUAUUGAAAAUUUAUCUCCUAUACUUACUGCAUUUAUUAAAAUGUGUCGAUCAGAAAAAGUUAUCCGAAAGUAUAUGAGAAUGAGGAUUCUUCCACCAUUAAAAGAUGUCACGAAACGUCCUGAAGAGGGAUCAACUUUAAGAAAUAAACUGUGUCAAUUACUUACCAGCCCUGUAACAGAAAUAAAAAAUCUUGUUGCGGAAUUUUUAUUCGUUCUAUGUAAAGAAAAGGUUGGUAGAAUGAUUAAGUAUACGGGAUAUGGAAAUGCAGCUGGAAUGUUUGCAACAAAAGGUCUGAUGGGACCAGAACAUGCUAAAAUUGAUUAUUCAUCUGAAUCUGAGGACAGUCAAACUGAAGAAUAUGAAAAAGUGAAACACCAAGUCAAUCCAGUGACAGGUUGUUACGAAAGUCCAAAGAAAAAUCCUUUAGAUGGAAUGACCGAGGAGCAAAAAGAAUAUGAGGCAAUAAAAUUAGUACACCUUGUAGAUCAAUUACAAAGGGAUGGAGUGAUUCAGCCAUGUCGUAUAGGAGAAGAUGGGAAGCCAAAACCUAUUGAACAUGUGCUAGAACUAGAAGAGCAUUUACCUCGUCAACAAUUCCGGAAACAAGAUUCAGAUUCUGAUUAAUGUGAUAUUAUUUACUUGCUGAUUGGGCAUACAUUUUUAAAUCAUACAUCGGUGUUGUUUUAUAUAGUUUAAUGUAGACUUAACAUUUUACAUAUUAUAUAAAAUGUAUUGAAUG